AUGCUAAUAUCAAAUACAACUCAAUCUAAUUCUCGGAAUUCUGUAACUCGUACUAUUCUUACUGGAUCUAACUCAAUUAUCUAUUCUCUUCAUAAAUACAAGAGAAGCAGUCUGAAAAAUAAAAAUCGCAAUCAAAAUGAAGAUGAAUUCGUAUAAACAAAAUUUACUUAGUUAAGAAGAAAGAGUUGCUAUUGCAACGAAUGCGGCCAACUAAGCAAUUUUCAAUUUAAGUAGCUCAAUAACAAUGCGUCAAUUCGAUAAAACAAUAUCUACAUUAAGACUACCUCUAUUUGUUAAUCGGUGAAAUUAAUUAACACAUCUCGUAGGCCAUCUGUAUUAUUUUAGAGACAUCAUUCGAGAAUGAAUACUUAUGGAGAAACUCAACUCUCCCAAGUUUACAACUUGACUCCGACCAGACUGAGUCCCAUUAAACCUAAAUAGGGUGCCCAGACCAAAUUAAAAUACUAUCUCUAAAACCAGACAAUAUAGCAGACUAAGAGGAAUAGAUAAUUCUAACUUAAUUUAAUUACUGUUCAUUAAAGUCAUAAAGAUUAAGAAUCAUAAAUAACCAAUAAAGUUUUAGCUAAGAGUCCACUCACUUAGAGGAAAACUAAACCUGAUGUAAGGCCAUACUUAAGCCAUUUAAAAUUGAAACCAAUUUGCAUUAAAAAUUAAAUUACUCACUUUGAAAUCUGA